GCGAGCGAGGCGAGUCUGGCUGCUCGGGCUCUUUCACCUCCCCGGAGCGGGGCCGGGACGGGUUUGGGGAUGGACCAUUCUCCCCCGGCUGGGGCCAGAGCCUUACCCCCUGGGCCAGGGCUGAGGCUUUCUCCCCCAAGGCGGGAGUGGAGUCUGGAUCCUUUGGUCCAAAGCCGAGGCACGGCACGUCCUGUUCCCCUGAGACCAGGCUUCCUGCCCUCUCCCGCCGCCUCCGGGAAACGUUCUGGUCGCACACCCACACUGGGACCGCGCACCAAUCUUGAGGCCACAGCUUAGCUCUGUGCCCUUUACCUCCCCUGGGCCCACCUGCUUCCCCACCCACCCACAGGCCACCUUGGGGCGCUGGGGCCUGGAAGGCUGCAGCCUCUUCCCUCUCCCCCCGGGAGCGGCUCCAUCCCUUCCCCUCGCUGCCCCCUCAGCAGCUGUGCCCCCAGCAUAUGUCUCCCGGGGCCUCCCUCCUCUCCUUGCCCAGCAGAGCAGUUGCAGCAGACAGUCAGGCUGCCCAGAAGACUAUUUGGUGGGGGCUCCUGCACCGAGGUGGAAACCCAGCAAAACCUGCUCUUUCUCACCUGUAUACCCCCGACCUACAAGGCGGCCCACCCAGACCCUCAGAUCCCUGGGUUUGGCGAAUCCUGCUGAGAGUGAGCAGUAGGAGGACUCUCCAAAGCUUCCAGUUUGCCACCUGGCAGAAGGUCACUUUGAUUUGAGCAAAGGAGAUAAUAGGAGGUACCCUGCCGGUGUUCACUGCGAAGCUGGGGUGGCAUGAGCCACAGUUGCUCUGGGAGGGUUAUGGCACCUGGGGCUGGGUGGCUCGCCCUAAGCUUGCUCUGACAAAAGAGUUUUGAGUUGGUUUUUUGGAUGAGCCUGCCAAGGAAGGCAGGCUCCUGCAGGAGUCUUGGAGGGUCGGAUGCAGCGCCGGAUGAGGAUGAGGCGUGGCAGAAGAUGCGUUUGGCUCUGCAGACACUGCAUCGGGCAGCAGGGGACUCUGGGAGGCUGGUGCAGCCAGAAGGCAUGGCUCUUGACAGCUUUCUAGUAGAAUCUCUGGAAUUGUGCAUAUCACAAUCAGAUUUUUAAUUAAUGAAGAUGUCACCACUUAUUGAGUGUCAGAAGCCCCACCUUCAUCCCCACCCCUACCCUGGGCUGAGACUGGUUCCAAAGGAUUUGACUCCUCAGGACAGAAGAGGAAAGAAACUAACGGGUAUUGAGCACCUACUGUGUGCCAGGCCCAGGCCAGGUUCCCCCCACCUCCAGCCAGUCUGUGCAGACUUGCUGCCUGCUGUGUCACCGGGAACGCAAAGGCUGGGAAGAAGGCCCUUCCCAAAAUGGACUGGUGUUGCAGGGUGAGAAGCUGCCCCCUGACUUCAUGCCAAAGCUCGUCAAGAAUCUCCUAGGCGAGAUGCCUCUAUGGGUCUGCCAGAGUUGCCGAAAGAGCAUGGAGGAAGAUGAAAGGCAGACAGGUCGAGAACAUGCAGUGGCGAUCUCCUUGUCACACACAUCCUGCAAAUCGCAGUCUUGUGGGGGUGACUCUCAUUCCUCUUCGUCCUCCUCUUCAUCGUCCUCAUCCUCGUCCUCCUCCUGCCAUGGGAACUCAGGGGACUGGGAUCCCAGCUCGUUCCUGUCAGCACAUAAGCUCUCGGGCCUCUGGAACUCCCCGCACUCCAGUGGGGCCGUGCCAGGCAGCUCGCUCGGGAGUCCUCCUUCCAUCCCUGGUGAGGUUUUCCCCAUCUCGGAGCACCACCGGCACUCAGACCUCACUGCUCCACCUAACAGCCCCACCGGCCACCACCCCCAACCAGCGCUGCUGAUCCCAUCUCACCCUGGAUCCUUUGGCUCACCACCCCACCCGCACCUGCUGCCCACCACCCCGGCAGCACCUUUCCCUGCCCAGGUUUCAGAAUGCCCUAUUGCCGUGGCUGCUGCCCCCCACACCCCAGGGCCAUGUCAGAGCCCCCACCUUCCCUCCACUAGCAUGCCGCUCCUGAAGAUGCCUCCACCAUUCUCGGGUUGCAGCCACCCCUGUAGUGGGCAUUGCAGCGGGCACUGCAGCGGGCCCCUCCUCCCACCACCCAGCUCUCAGCAGCUCACUAGCACUCACAGCAGGGACCCUGGGUGCAAGGGGCACAAGUUUACCCAUAGUGGCCUGACCUGCCAGCUGCCCCAGCCCUGCGAGGCAGACGAGGGGCUGGGCGAGGAAGAGGACAGCAGCUCAGAGCGUAGCUCCUGCACCUCAUCCUCCACCCACCAGAGAGAUGGGAAGUUCUGUGACUGCUGCUACUGUGAGUUCUUCGGCCACAAUGCGCCACCCGCUGCCCCGACGAGUCGGAAUUAUACCGAGAUCCGAGAGAAGCUCCGCUCAAGGCUGACCAGGCGGAAAGAGGAGCUGCCCAUGAAGGGGGGCGCCCUGGGCGGGAUCCCUGGGGAGCCCGCCGUGGACCACCGAGAUGUGGAUGAGCUGCUGGAAUUCAUCAACAGCACGGAGCCCAAAGUCCCCAACAGCGCCAGGGCCGCCAAGCGGGCCCGGCACAAACUGAAAAAGAAGGAAAAGGAGAAGGCCCAGUUGGCAGCAGAAGCUCUAAAGCAGGCAAAUCGUAGUGUUUCUGGAAGCCGGGAGCUGAGGCCUGCCAGGGAGAGGCUCUUGGAGUGGCCCGAUCGGGAGCUGGAUCGGGUCAACAGCUUUCUGAGCAGCCGUCUACAGGAGAUCAAGAACACUGUCAAGGACUCCAUCCGCGCCAGCUUCAGUGUGUGUGAGCUCAGCAUGAACAGCAAUGGCUUCACUAAAGAGGGGGCUGCUGAGCCAGAGCCUCAGAGUCUAGCCCCCUCAAACCUCAAUGGCUCCUCAGAGCAACGGCCUGACGUUAACCUUGACCUGUCCCCUUUGACUUUGGGCUCCCCUCAGAACCAUAUGUUACACGCUCCAGGCGAGCCAGCCCCACCAUGGGCAGAAAUGCGAAGUCUCCACCCACCAUGGACAGAGGUGAGGGGCCCCCCUCCUGGUAUCAUCCCUGAGAACGGGCUAGUGAGGAGACUCAACACCGUGCCCAACCUGUCCCGGGUGAUCUGGGUCAAGACACCCAAGCCAGGUAACCCUAGCUCUGAGGAGCUAAGUGUAAAGGAGGUCCCUGGUUGCAAGCAGGAGCUGCCUGAGCCUGUGGCCUCAGGUGGCAAGCCACGGAAGGGCAAGAGACAGGGUAGUCAGGCCAAGAAGAGCAAGGUGAGCCCAGCUCCCCAGUCCCCAGCCUGCCUUGAGACUCCCAGUGCCAAGGGCCAGACCCCCAGCCCCAAGCGGCCAAGCAAGGCCCCAGAGCCUCUCAGAGUGGACAGCUGUGCCGAGGCUGGAGAAGGGAGCCAGGGAACCCAACCAGGACCAGGCUGGGCUAGCAGCCCCAAAGCUGACAAGGAGAAGGGCAGCUCCUGGCAAAACUGGCCAGGUGAAGCCAAGGCACGGCCUCUGGAGCAGGAGUCUAUGCAGCCCCCAGGCCCAGCAAGGCCACAGAGCUUGCCACAGGGCAAGGCCCGCAGCCGCCGGAGCCGCAACAAGCAGGAGAAGUCAGCCUCCUCCUUGGACGAUGUGUUCCUGCCCAAGGACAUGGAUGGGGUGGAGAUGGAUGAGACUGACCGGGAGGUGGAGUAUUUCAAGAGGUUCUGUUUGGAUUCUGCAAAGCAAACGCGUCAGAAAGUUGCCGUGAACUGGACCAACUUCAGCCUCAAGAAAACCACUCCCAGCACAGCUCAGUGAGCCCCUGCCAGAUCAAGCUUCUUCAGGGUGUCCUGAGACCCUGACCGCCAGCUGAAGGUCUACACCUUUUUCCUUCACAUCGCCACCCACCUGCCCAAGACCCUCCCUGCCAUCCCGGACCAACCAAAAGCUGAAUAGAUGCCGUGUGUGCUGGGGCCCCUCAGGACCUCCGCAGAACCGCUUCCUGGUGCUACGCAGCCUCCACACUCAGAGCCCAGGGGCUGGGCUGGCCUUUGGGCUUGGGGGCUGAUGGUACUGCUGGCCCAACACUGCUUUCUUUGUGUUUGGUUUUUUGUUUUUGUUUUACUUGUUUUUUCAAUUCUUUUUGAUACUGUGAAGAUCUUUCCUGCCGAAAGAUAAAGCAACAUUUGGACACAGA